AAACCCUCAUUCCUCUCGUUCCAUUCCCCUCCUCUCACCGUUCGCAUCCACACCUCCGACCUCCCAUCUCGCCCGUCGUUUCCUCGGUGGUUUCAGCUUCCUCCGCCCGCCGAUGUCUCCAGCGGCCUCCGGGUCAGCCCGUACUCGGACUCCUAUGCCGUCGACAGCUCCUCUAGGCGAAGCGGUGCAAACGACACUGUGAAGGUGAAUGCGAAGGAAAAGCGAUGGUCCCGCGACCGAGAGAGCUAUUUGGCCGACGACAGUGAUGCUCUUCCACUUCCUAUGACGUUUCCUUAUUCAUCUCCGGUAUUGCAGGACGAGAUCGAUCGUCGGCUCCUUUGCGACCCGCAAGUUGAGGACUGUAACGAAAUGGUUUACGAAUGGACUGGAAAGUGUCAGAGUUGCCAAGGAUCAGGAUUUGUCAGUUAUUACAAUAAAAAGGGGAAGAAAAGUGUCUGCAAAUGCAUAACAUGUCUUGGAAUUGGUACUUUUCUUCUUCAAGGCAUUGAUACUUAUGCAGCUUGA